GCUCGCGAUUGGCCGGAGCGCCGUCGCCUCGCGCUAGCAAGGCGGCGCGCCAUUGGUCCAAGGCGCUUAUCCGUGUUAGGGAAUUCGAGGCGAAAGGGGGUGGUUUUUUAGCGCUGUGGAGGAGCGAGAGGAGUGGAGGGUUGGCGGUGGACGAGGUGGACGAGACGAUGGCACGGACGAGCGAAUAAAGGAGGAGGAGGAGGGGAGGAGGAGGAGGGGAGGAGGAGGAAAGGCAGCCUUGACGACACGAGGAAGCCAUGGACAAGCCCGGGCAGAGGAGCACGCUGAAGAAGCUGAGUGAAGACAGCCUGACGAAGCAGCCCGAGGAAGUGUUCGACAUCCUCGAGAAACUCGGAGAAGGCUCCUAUGGCAGCGUGUUCAAGGCGAUGCACAAGGAGUCGGGCCAGGUGGUGGCCAUCAAGCAGGUGCCCGUGGAGUCCGACCUGCAGGAGAUCAUCAAAGAGAUCUCCAUCAUGCAGCAGUGUGACAGCCCCCACGUGGUCAAGUACUACGGCAGCUACUUCAAGAACACUGACCUGUGGAUUGUGAUGGAGUACUGCGGAGCCGGCUCCGUCUCUGACAUCAUCCGCCUGCGCAACAAGACGCUGACGGAGGACGAGAUCGCCGCGAUUCUGAAGGCGACGCUCAAGGGCCUCGAGUACCUCCACUUCAUGCGCAAGAUCCACCGCGACAUCAAGGCCGGCAACAUCCUGCUCAACACCGAGGGCCACGCCAAGCUCGCCGACUUCGGUGUGGCCGGGCAGCUCACGGACACGAUGGCGAAGCGGAACACGGUGAUCGGCACGCCGUUCUGGAUGGCGCCCGAAGUGAUCCAGGAGAUCGGCUACAACUGCCUGGCGGACGUGUGGUCGCUGGGCAUCACCGCCAUCGAGAUGGCUGAGGGCAAGCCGCCCUACGCCGACAUCCACCCCAUGCGGGCCAUCUUCAUGAUCCCCACCAACCCCCCGCCUACGUUCCGCAAGCCCGAGAACUGGUCUGAUGACUUGACGGACUUUGUCAGGAAGUGUCUCGUCAAGAACCCGGAGCACCGCGCAACAGCCACGCAGCUCCUGCAGCACCCCUUCAUCAAGGCCGCCAAGCCAGUGUCCAUCCUGCAGAGCCUGGUGGGGGAGGCCAUGGCCAUCAAGGUGAAGAGGCAGGAGAUGGACGACGACCUAGACGAGGAGGACGACAACUCCGACGAGGAGGCGGUGGACAGCGGCACGAUGCUGCGCAUGGAGGACGGCGGCGACGCCACGGCGGCGGCGGGCGGUGGCGGCGGCACGAUGAGAGUGGGCGGCACGACGGCGCUGAGCGAUGGCGCCCGCACCAUGAUCUCCCACGCCGGUGGCGACGCCGCUACCAUGCUGAGCUCCGACCUGGGCACCAUGGUCAUCAACAGCAGCGAGGACGACGGCGACGAGGAAGAGGAAGGCCGCGACGGAGACGACGACGACGGUGAUGGCGAGGUCGUCGACGGCACCAUGAAGAGCAUAGACACGCCGGACCACCGCACACAGCGCCCCUCCUUCAUGGAGUACUUCGAGGCGAAGGACCGGGAGAGCAAAUCUGGGCCGGGCUCGGGGGGGGCAGCCAGCAACGGGCGCAAGGCCAGCGGGCCCCACGCUGACUUCCGCAUCCCAACGGACGGAGACUUCGACUUCCUGAAGGUGAUGAGCUACGAGGAGCUGCAGGCGCGGCUGUCGGCGCUCGACCCGAUGAUGGAGCGCGAGAUCGAGGAGCUGCGCCUCCGCUACCAGGCCAAGCGGCAGCCCAUCCUGGACGCCAUCGACGCCAAGAAGCGUCGCCAGCAGAACUUCUGAGCCCCCCCCCCCCCGCACCGAUCAGCCUCCCUCCCCCCCCGCCCCUGCCCCGGUCCUUGGCUGCUUCCAGGCGUAAUCGCCCGCCCGCUCGCCCUGGAAGUCUCGCCGACGACAGACUCUCCUGCUGCGUCAUCGUUGGAGCACGACUCCCCUUUGACCCCUGGCCCGGGCUUCCACCGCUCUGCCUCUGCCGCCCCCCCCCCCUAUCCUGCUACCCCACCCCCCACCAUCUCUCCUCUCCGAACCCCGGCGCGGUGGCGGUGGCGGCCGUGCCAAUCCGCGUGCCGGCAUCCGGUGCCGGUGUUUCUCGAGUGGCCUUGGUGCAGCAAGCGGCGGUGGCGCAGCAGUCGGUCGGUCGAUCCGUGGGUGGGAGGAAGGCAAAAACGUUUCCUGACCCACAAUCCUUUGUGCCUCGAGAGGCCACAACGCCAUCAUCGUCGUCUUCGUCGUCACCAUUGUCACCAUCGUCAUCGUCACCAUCGUCAUCGUCGGUCUUCCUGUGUUUGCUCUGUACGUCUGUUCUCUUUAUUUAUUUAGUUUCGCUCGCCGUGUUUAUGUUUAUCUUUGAACCUCCACCCCCCUCCCCCCUCGGGGGUGUCCACCCGGCUCCGCUCAUCGACUCGUCUCGGCGGCUCGCUCGCCGCCCCUCGCAGUAAACUUCGUUUUUAUUUUAUUCUUCCUGACCACCAGGUGAGGCCCGCCGCUGAGCUUUCCGUGGCUCUCUUUGGGAAGCGGCGGCGCGACGAAAGUGGCCGAUAUCCUAAUCAUCAUCGUCGCGUGAAGAUUUAUAGUGACAACCCGAAUACUCUCAAAACACACGCGUGAUGCGUCGAUUCUCGAUGCGGAGGAGAGGGACAAAUCCGAGGAGCCGGAGGAAAAGAUCCAUGUGACCACGAUGGGGAGAGAGGGAUAACCAAGCACACUCCAAAUAUACAGCAGCAGCAGGCAUCGUCAGGGUCAGGAUCGAACCCACAACCUCCUGCGUACCAGGCGAGGGAGUUAACAUCUCCUGACCACCGUGCGUGGGAGGGGACGGCGUUCCCGCAGGGGAUCACCAGCACCCGUGACCCUGAGCCACCUUACCCCCCGAUGUGGGAAUUUGACCCCGGGCAAUGGAGGUAACGAUGAUGAGACUGAUGAUGAUGACACCCGAUAGCGCAACGAGGCGGCAAAGGGUCCGGGUUCGAUUCCCGACUCGGGGCGCCUCUGUGUGUACUUGGAGUCUGUGUGUUACUUCUCUCCCCCAUGCAUACCUGUCAACCCCUUAUCGGAGCCCUACCUUAUUACAGAGACCUCAUUGGUCACCCUGUGCCCCUUACAAAGCCCCAUCAUAAGGAGACAAACACAAACAAAUCGACAUUAUUUUUUAAGUUGCCCGUAUUGAAACGGCUGUAACAGCGUGUGGACCAGAAAAAAACUAAUUUCCCAGUAGAAGAAUCCGGGGCAAACCGGUACGGGUUGCCAGCUAUGCCCCUGUCAUGGGUUUUUCCUCCGGGGUCUAAAAACGAUGCGUAACGGUGCGACUGGCGUGGGGGCCCACACAUCGCAGUGGUGAAAGAUCACUCUCUCGUUCGCUCGCUUGGGAUCACACGCGCACACAGCAGCGAAAUCGCCGCCCCCUUCCACCUCUACAAAAUCACUUGGCAGGACCCCUCCCGGAAAAAGAGUCUUUGAGACUCGGCGACGCUUUCCCGGGUGAACGAGUCUUGCGGAGGAGCGGGGCCGAGCGGCAGUGACUCGCGGCACCCUGGGAACAAACCCCGCAACGUUCCAAUCGGAAUGUUCAGACUGGAGGAGGAAUCCGAUGAGCUAUAAAGCUCUCUUUCUCUGCUGUCCAGUCGAAGCACGGGGUCCGAACGUUACAGCAACGAGCGAUACAAUAGACACUGUGCAAUACCCCCCCCCCCCCCGCACAGGUUUACGUGGGGGUUGCGAUCCCUGCAAAGGUGCGACGUCGAUCGUCUGCCGUCGCGCCUCGUGGGUCCGCCAGCGAGCCAGCGCGACCAUCGGCCAGCCGUGCCUCGCUUCUGCUUCCGCUCGUUAGCUCGCUGUGAAAGAGCUUCGUAGCCCAUCGGAUUCCCCCAGUCCGCUCACUCGCUCGCCCGGGCCAUCCUCGCGUGGAGCCGGAGAUGAAGGGAGGGGGAAGGAGCAUGGAGGAGGCUCUCCCCGCAAUGACGUCUCGACGUCGAUGGGUUGACGGUCGCUUACCAGCCGGCUGUUGGGGGCGGGGGGGGGGUCGGUCUGUGGUUGCUCGCUCGCAGGUGGAGCAGCGAGUCGCUCGCUUGGUCCGUUGGGGUGGAAUGGUCGGGGGCAGGGGGGGGGGGGUUGGGGGGUCAUUGCGUCGGGGGGCCCUGCGCUGGGCGCUGUGCCGCUCAUGGCGGUAAUUUAACCACUCCGCGAUGUUCUCGUGAAUAUCCAUCGCGUUUAGUCUUUGUCGAGCUACGCCUCCUCGUGGAGAAUCGCCCCACUCGGGGCAUGGUGGGGCUGGGUGGGGUGGCGGAGCCGCCGUCCCGUGGUCUUUCUUUGCUUUAUUUUUAAUUGGCGUCUGGCUCGUGACCACUUGGGGGGGUGGGGGGGGGGCUCCUCCGCCGUGAAUUAACCUCGCGGCAGGGUCGGACGCCGCGCGGUGGAUGCGCAGUCUUCAUCGUCGCCAUCGCCACCAUUGCCACCGUGAAUUCAUCAGCAUCGUUAUUGUCAUUAAACGUUUUCUUAAUUUUCAUCAUCAGUCACCGCACCAUCGUGUUCAUCAUUACUGUCAUCGCCCUCAUUAUCGUCGUCGUCAUUAUCUUGACUCGUAAUCAUUAUCGUCAUCGUCACUGUCUUCAUCACCGUCGUUGAUAUUGCUCGGUUAUCCUUCUCUGUUACUGCUUCCUGAUGGCAACGCGGUGAAUGAGCACCAUCUACUUUGUUAUCCUCUACCAUUUGAAUAAAUAUUUUGUUUUCGUCAAAUCCGA